AAAUUCUAGGGAUUGGUCUAGAAAGCUGACACAGCGUGUAAAGGCCAACACCAGUAAGAAACGGAAAGUCUCACUUCUUUUUGAUCACCUUGAGCCAGAGGAGCUGUCAGACCACCUUACCUAUCUUGAAUUUAAGUCUUUCAGAAGGAUAUCAUUCUCAGAUUAUCAGAACUACAUUGUGAAUAGUUGUGUGAAAGAGAAUCCAACAAUGGAAAGAUCAAUUGCCCUUUGCAAUGGUAUCUCUCAGUGGGUGCAGCUAAUGGUCCUCAGCAGACCAACACCACAGCUUCGGGCUGAAGUGUUCAUCAAGUUCAUUCAUGUUGCACAGAAGCUCCACCAGCUGCAGAAUUUCAAUACGUUAAUGGCAGUGAUAGGUGGUCUCUGUCACAGUUCCAUUUCCAGACUCAAGGAAACGAGCUCAUGUGUUCCUCAUGAUGUAAUUAAGGUGUUUAAUGAAAUGACAGAACUGCUUUCAUCUUACAGAAAUUAUGAUAGUUACCGACGUGCCUAUAACGAGUGCAGUAACUUUAAGAUCCCAAUCCUUGGGGUCCACCUGAAAGACUUGAUAUCACUUUAUGAGGGCAUGCCAAACUACUUAGAGGACAAAAAAAUUAACAUAUACAAACUAUACUCUCUGUAUAACCACAUAAAUGAGCUGAUACAACUCCAGGAAAUGCCACUUCCUCUGGAGGCUAAUAUGGACCUUGUUCAUUUACUUACACUGUCCCUUGAUCUUUACUACACAGAAGAUGAAAUUUAUGAGCUUUCAUAUGCACGAGAGCCACGAAGUCACCGAGCUGCUCCUUUGACACCUUCCAGACCACCAGUGGUUGCAGACUGGGCCUCAGGAGUAGCCCCAAAACCUGAUCCAAAAACCAUCAGCAAACAUGUUCAGAGGAUGGUAGAUUCUGUCUUCAAAAAUUAUGACCAUGAUCAGGAUGGAUACAUUUCCCAGGAAGAAUUUGAAAAGAUAGCUGCCAGUUUUCCAUUCUCAUUUUGUGUAAUGGCUAAGGACUGGGAAGGUCUGAUUAGCAGGGAUGAAAUAACAGCUUACUUUAUGAGGGCUAGCUCAAUCUAUUCCAAAUUAGGACUUGGCUUUGCUCACAACUUCCAGGAGACCACUUACUUAAGGCCUACCUUCUGCGACAACUGUGCUGGAUUUCUAUGGGGAGUCAUUAAGCAAGGAUACAGAUGCAAAGACUGCGGAAUGAACUGUCACAAGCAGUGCAAAGACCUGGUUGUAAUAGAGUGUAAGAGAAGACCCAAAACUUCAGUUGCAGACAGCAGCCCAACAUCUGCUUUUGCUUCAAGCCUCUGCCCAGUAGGAGUGAAAGAGCAAUUCCAUGGACAAGAAGAAGGACCAUUCACAUUUCCUAAUGGAGUAGUAGAACACAAUGAAGACAGCAAGGACCGAACCAUUAUGCUCAUGGGUUCCUCAGCUCAGAAAAUCUCAGUGAGACUGAAACCAGCUGUAGUUCAUAAAGGUACACAGACUGAUCUUGCAGUGCUGGCUGGUGAUGUAUCUCGUAGACAGAGAGAGAAGAAAGAACAUAGGAUGCCAGAAAAUCCUUAUCUCCAGACAGCUCCACCAUCCCCAUGUCCAAGCCCAAUUCUUGGCCGCAAAAAGGCCUAUGUUAAAUGGGAAAACAAGGACUCCAGCCAGAAAAUGAAGGAGGAGCAUCACAGCUGUAAACCCUCGUAUCAGGAACUUGAGCAGGAAAGAAAUAUUCUGAAGGCAGACAAUGAAGGUUUAAAGAUCCAACUGGAACAGGCACAUAAAACAAUUGAAUCUCUCACAAUCCAGAGAAGAAACCAUGUAGUUGACAACCUACAACCCAGAGACUGCUCCUACCAGACAAGAGAGGAAAUCUCCUGUGAAAGAAUGUAAGAGUGAAGGAGGGGUUGUGAUAAAGCUGCUUUACCAAGUGAACUGGAAAGAGUCUGAAGGACGUUAAACAGAAAUACUCUUUUUACUCAACACAUUUCCAUAUUAAACAUACACUCUCAAAUGUAUAAAUCCAUUC